AUGUUUUCAAACGACGGGGAAUUGAUCAUCGUCGCGUUUUCACCCGAGAGCUCAGCAAGUAGCGGGCUGCUCAACGCCACCGACACCGCAUCAGGAAGCGGCCCGGGGUCGUGCAAAGCGCUGCUCAAUGCAUCCUCGAUUGCUACCAUCGGUGAAGGGGCAGCAUGCGAAUGGACGGGGGAGCGAGAGUUGACGAUAGCCCUCGGCUACGAUGCAAUAGUCAAACCGGACACGGGCUCCGGUGUGUCAUGCCUGAGCCAGGCUUCCUGCAUAAGCCUGCUCGACGGCGGCGUCCGCACGGAGGCACUGGCUGUUCUCUCCUCCGAGGGCUCCACACCAGUGUUGGCCCCUGAGAACCCUCCUGCGGUAUCGGCGGUCCUGGUAGCCCCUCAGACCGUGGGGCUAUGCGGCACGCUCACGCUAGACGGACGGGCGUCCUCAGGGGCGCUUUCGCGGACCAUGUCGGCGUCCUGGAACGUUUCGGCCGCGUCUUUCGCCAACACGAGUAGCAUCGAAGCUGCACUCGCAUUGUUUGAAGGAUCCCUGGUCGCAGAACUCGACGCAGCUGCGUUAGAGCCCGGGGUGAAGUUCAUGUUUGCCCUAACCGUGGGGAACUUCCUUGGCGACACGAAUGGAGUAACUGUCGCCGUCACGAGAAUAGCCGAGGACGUACCGUCGGUUGCAGUUCUUGGAUCAGCAACACGAGUUGUGAAGAGGAGCCGGCCAACCUCCCUGAGGAUCACAGCAACAUCACCGGCGUGCGGCGAAAGGCAGCUACUCAAUCGUUCGUGGUCCGAAGUUGGUGGAGCUGCAUACGACGAAAUCGGUACUGAAGUGUUUCAGGGCUUAGCGCAGCGCGAUCCUACGGUCAUUACGUUUCCUGCGUACACCCUGGGCUAUCCGGGGUCCAGCUACCUCUUUGCCGCAACUGCGACUUCGCAGCUGUCCGAAGCGAGCGCCUCAAUGACCGUGGAGGUUUCUGUUGAACAAGGGGUUCUGCGGGCCAACAUCCAAGGGGGCGAAUUCCGCCAACAUUCUGCAGGCAACGACCUUGUGCUGGACGGGAGCGACUCGGUGGACGACGACGACAUCACGGAACUAGACAUGCGGUACGAGUGGUGGUGUUCACAGAACUGCACGUCACAAGAUGACUGGACUGCGGACGCAGACGGAUCCGUACUGGUCAUUCCUUCCGAGGAGUUGGAGUCAGGGCUGUUCUACGAGUUCUUCCUCAACGUCAGCAAAGGCAGCGUCGAUUCUACCGACUUAUACAGUCAGCUCCGCUGGGAUACGGCCAGCGUCAAAGUGCAGGUUGUGUCCUUCGAGGCUCCCGAGGUCGUUUUGAUCUCCAAGGACGACAGCCUGAAGCAAGACCCUACCAAAAAAGUGGUCAUCUAUGGAUCUGUCUCGGAACAGUCAUCGUCGUACGAUCUCCUAUGGACCCAGGCCGAAGGGGACCUCGACCUGGAAGAGCGGGAGUGGAGCACGGUUUUCGCUACUGCUCAAACGGGGGCCAACCUUGUGAUCCCAAGAGGGUUGCUCACCGGUGGAUCUACCUAUACCUUUCGCCUGUCAGCAACGGACGUGGCUUCCCAAGCAACAGGUUUCGCGGAUAUGACCUUGACAAUAAACGCGCCCCCCACUGGGGGCCACGUCGAUGCUUCUCCAAGGGCGGGAGUCGCAGCGGUCGAUACGUUUUUGCUGGAGAGUCUAGAUUGGACGGACGAAGUGGACGACCUCCCACUAAUGUUCUCCUUUUCGUACAACAAUGAGGUACAAUAG